GGCCAUCAAGGAAAUGAGCACAGCUUUUAUCUGGAAACAGAAAGUGAAACGUAUAACGUAUGUUCACUGUCGUCUAGAGGAGAAAUGGCACAGCAAGGGAUUCAGCUGGAUCAAGAAAAACUAAGCUGUUCAAUCUGUCUGGAUCUUCUAAAGGAUCCGGUGACUAUUCCCUGUGGGCACAGCUACUGCAUGAGCUGUAUUAAAGACUGCUGGGAUGAGGAGAAUGAGAAGAAGAAAACACACAGUUGCCCUCAGUGCAGGCAGAGCUUCACACCGAGGCCUGUCCUGGUGAAAAGUACCAUGUUAGCAGAGUUAGUGGAUGAACUGAAGAAAGUAGGACUUCAAGCUGCUUCACCUGAUCAUUCCUAUGCAGGACCUGGAGACGUGGCCUGUGAUUACUGCUCUGGGAUGAAGCUGAAAGCCUUAAAGUCUUGUCUGGUGUGUCUGACCUCUUACUGUGAGCAACACCUCCAGCCUCACUAUGCUGUAGCUGCAUUAAAGAAACAUAAGCUGGUUGAAGCCACUUUAAAACUUCAUGAGAACAUCUGCUCUCGCCAUGACGAAGUGAUGAAGAUUUUCUGCCGCACUGAUCAGCAGUGCAUCUGUUAUCUCUGCUCCAUGGAUGAUCACAUAGGCCACGACACAGUCUCCGCUGCAGCAGAAAGGGCUGAGAGGCAGACGGAGCUCGGGGUGAGUCAGCAAAAAAUCCAAGAGAGAAUACAGGACAGAGAGAAAGACCUCAAGGUGCUUCAGCAGAAGAUGGAGGCUAUCAAUCUUUCUGCUGAUGAAGCAGUGAGGGACAGUGAGAAGAUCUUCACUGAGUUGAUCCGUCUCAUUGAGAAAAGAAGCUCUGAAGUGAAGCAGCAGAUCAGAUCCCAGCAGAAAACUGAAGUGAGUCGAGCUAAAGAGCUUGAGGAGAAGCUGCACCAGGAGCUCACUGAGCUGCGGAGGAAAGACACUGAGCUGGAGAAGCUCUCACGCACAGAGGAUCACCUCCAUUUCCUAAACAAUUACCCCUCCCUGUCACGUCUAAGUGGAUCUGAAGACUUACCCAGCAUUGAUGUCCAUCCUCUAUGCUCUUUUAAGGAUGUGACAGCGGCUGUGUUAGAGGCCAGAGAUAAAGUGCAAGCUGUUCUGAGUGAGGAGUGGGCAAAGAUCUCCCUGGCUGUGACUGAAGUGGAUGUUUUACCGCCUCAAGCAGAGCCCAGGACCAGAGCAGACUUUUUGAAAUAUUCUUGUCAAAUCACACUGGAUCCAAAUACAGCAAACACACGAUUGUCAUUGUGUGAAAGAAACCGAAAAGCAACAUUAAUGGCAGGAGACCAGUUAUAUUUGGAUCACCCAGACAGAUUUCUUAAAUGGUGGCAGGUCCUGAGUAGAGAGGGUCUGACUGGACGUUGUUACUGGGAGGUGAAGUGGAGCAGGAGAGUUAAUAUAGCAGUUGCAUACAAGGAUAUUAGCAGAACAGGGGCCUUAAAUGAAUGUGGAUUUGGACAUAAUGACAAAUCUUGGUCUUUAGAAUGUAACAGUUAUAGUUAUACAUUUAGACAUAACAAUAUUGUUAUUUCCAUCUCAGGCCCUCAGACCUCCAGAAUAGGGGUUUACCUGGAUCAUAGGGCAGGUACUCUGUCUUUCUACAACAUCUCUGAAACCAUGACUCUCCUCCACAGAGUCCAGACCACGUUCACUCAGCCUCUCUAUCCUGGAUUUUGGCUUCCACAAAGUGCUGGAGACAGUGCUGAGUUGUGUAACCUCAAGUAAACAGGAGUUUAAAGAGUGAUUCAUCUGUGGUGUUGUACAGUAUACUGUAUGUUGAGGUGUGUCUGCACUGCAGAGAUCAAACAUAGUGGGUGGCAUUGUGAUGUUUCUUCUUGGAUUUUAUGAUAUUUUGUUUGUGUGACAGCAACUGAUGAAAUGGUGAGAUAAAAAACAAAUAAUAAUUUCUCUUUUUAUUUGCUAGAUAGUGAUAAAAUGAUCUUGUUUGUUGAAAUUUGAUUCCAAUGUUAUAUUUACUAAACAUUUUCAUUAUAUAGGCUACUAUGCAUGGAAAAUAUUGCAUGUGCAAAAUGUGAAAUUAAAAAUCAGUUUUUGUCCUACUUAAAAUUGAAUUUGGUUAUUAUAUAAAUGGGCUUAAUUAUGUAAAAAAAAACUACAAAAUAAAUAAAACAGUCAUGUAUAUACAAAUUUAUGAAUCUAUUUGGAUUUGUGAUCAUCUGCCAAAUGAAUGUAAUAUAAUGUAAACAAAAAAAAGAAGGUAAUUUUAGUUGUACCAUAUCUUCAGGAACAUAAUUUGUAUAAUUUAAUGUUACUUUUUUGUACUCUACAUACUACUAUCUGUACUGCAUACUGUUGUAAUGAUAUUACAAAAUCAGAAUAUUAACAAGUAAGUAACAUUUUUUAUGAAAAAUGAAUAUUCAAAACCCUACAAAUAAAAAAAUAUAAAUAAAUAGUU